AUGAUCUGGUGUGAAUGCCCUUUACGAAGCACGCUGCCAAAGCCAAGAAGCCAAGAAGCUAAGAAUGCACCCAACCCCAAGAAGAAGGCGGUGAAAAAGCUUGCAGCCAAGAAGGCCAAGUCCGCUGCAAAGAACUUGGCCAAGAAGCCCGCCAAGAACCCCAAGAAGGUAGCCAAGAAGUCUGCAAAGAGCCCCAAGAAGGCCGUGAAGAAGACCCCUAAGAAAGCAGCAGCAAAGAAGGCUCCUCCCAAGAAGGCCAAGAAGUAG